UUCAUUAGUUCCAAGCCAAAAAUGUUACGUGGCGACCUUUCUGCCCUUUAUCUCAGUCUUUCAGGAAGAAACAAGAAUUGGAGACCAAUUCUCUGUGGAAGCAAUGGCAGAAGAAGAGCAGCAGCAGGUGGAGGCGGCGAGGCACGAGGGAAAGGUGAGCGCCACCGUCCGGGGAGCGACGGCGGACCAAGUGUGGCCUCUCCUCGCCGACUUCUGCAACGUCCAUCGCUGGAUUCCCGGCGUCAGUACAUGCCGCCUGGAAGGUGGGGUCGCCGGAGAGCCGGGAUGCGUCCGGUACUGCGUCGGCAAAGGCGAGCCCGCGGACGGAGGGGACGUGCCGUGGGCGAGGGAGAAGCUGACGGUUAUUGACCACGCUGGCCGGAAGCUGAGGUACGUGGUCUUCGAGAACAACAUCGGGUGGAAGAACUACGAGGCGGCCCUGGAGGUCGUGGAGGGGGAGGAAGGUGGGGAGGGGUGCAUCAUCGAGUGGUGCUUCAGGAUGGAGCCGGUUGCCGAAGGGAACGGGUGCGAAGUCGUACCCUUCGUGACGUCUGCUCUGGAAGGGAUGGUCAAGACGAUGGAGGAGUUUCUUGCCGCCGCCGCCGCCGCCGGCAGCGAUGUCCAAGAGUUGGUGUGUACCGUGGUGGCCUAGUGGUUGGUUGACUCUCUCUCAUCUGUUUGUACCAAGCAGAAGCAAGCAGAGCUUACACGAAAGGAAGGAACGUUCAGGUUUUCAGUUUGCUCAUUUCUGUGAUUAUGAAUAAAUUCACGGGACCCUUUUCAUUUUC